AUGUGUGGGGAAGUUCUAACUGAACAUGUUACUCACUCUGCCUCCUUGCCUCAAAAAACCAUAAUUAAUUUCCCAGGAACAAAGGUAAAAGCACUAUGCUAUGUUUGGACUCAUGUCCCCAUCACUCCCCCACCCCCACCCCACCCCCUCUCCCAUUGCUACCCCAGGCGAAUGACCCAUCUUUGCAGGUUAAAUGCAAACUUGACUAUACCAAAGAGUCCUAGGACAUUUUCACAUGAGCUUAUAAAAGCGUUUUCCUUCAAAAAGAUCCUCCCUUUGUACAUAAAGGAUGAAAACUAUGCAUUUAGCAAACAAAGAGAAAGCACUUCUCCCUUUCCUAUCUAG